AAAUAUAAAGCAAGUAGCCUCUCUAGCCUUUCAAUCCACUUUAAAGUAGCUUUUGAACAGUAAACAUUUGAAGUUUCCACAAAAAUUCAUAAAAUCUACAAAUAAUGGGAAAAUGUUUUUAUUUAUUAUUUCUGCUUUGCUUGUUCUCAAUAAUUAAAUAUUCUAAAUCAGUGAAUAUUAAAUGUAAUUUCAUCUGGUCCACCUAUAGCUCUGUGGAUACUGUAUACACAUGUAAAGUUACAAAUGAUUUGAGAAUAACUCAACCGGACGAUGCUGUCAUUGAGGAUGUAUCAGGAACUCAUCUAAGUGGAUAUGACAAUGAUAACGUGAAUGCUUUCCAUGUUGAUAACAAAACAAUGGGAUAUUUUCCGAAGGAUCUGGAUAAAUUCUUCAAAAACCUUAAAGCAAUUUACAUUAUUAAUAAUAAAAUCAAUCAAAUCAGUCAUACGCACCUUAAACCCCUGCAAAAUUUGGUUUUUCUAAGUUUAUUUCGAAAUCAAAUUGAAAUCCUUGAGGAUGGUUUAUUUGACAAUAAUCCGGACAUGCAAGUUCUUUGGUACGAGUCAAAUAAAAUUAUUCAUGUCGGUAAAAGUGUUUUCAAUAACAUGAAUAAUCUUACUUAUUUGGUAUUUGACUCUAAUUUAUGCAUUAAUGCUGGUGCUCACAACAGUCACACUGAUGUCCAAAUAUUAGUCGAGUCUUUAAAAACAAAAUGCAUUGACGCCAAUUUCGAUGAGUUUUCCCAAAGUUUAUCAAAUGUUGAAACGGAAUCAAAAAAUUUAACAUUUGAAACUUUUUCAAUUUGGAGAAGAAAUCUUGAAAAUUUGGAAAAUGAAUUUAAUAACUCAAAAUUUUCAUAUCUGAUAAGCAUAAAGAAACGAUUUGAGGUUCUGAAUGACAUAAAAAUUGGAGAUUUUACGACUCAAAAUCCAUUCACAUCCAGCACAACAGAAGUUGCUGUAACCAAGACAUCCGCCCAGCCUGACGAUUGCAUGUAUGACAACUUUAAUGAUCUUGAGAACAAUUUGAGUGAAACCUUUAAAAUUUCCUUAAAUCAAACUGAACAUAACCUCAAAAACUCAUUUGCUGAGUCAUGCACAGAUGUCAAUUAUCAAACACUUUAUCUCAUGAAGGAUGAAUUUACAAAAAUAAAUGAAAAACUUUUCGAGCAUUCAUCAGAGGUAAGGUCAGAAUUGAUCAAAAAUGACGUCCAACAUUCAUCGAUUCUGAGUGACAUUUCAAACUUAAAGGGAAAAAUUGAAAAUCUUGAAGAAAAAAUUGAUAAAAUUUUAAAUGCGGUUUAUAGUGGCAACUAAAUUUAAAUAAAUAAUGAUUAUUGGCUGAAAUAUUUUGAUUCUAAACUAUAACAAUUUACGUAUUCGAUAUCACUUUACAACCAUUUCAGACAUUUUCAUUAAAAUUGAUUGAAUUGUUUGGCUUUAAAGAUUAAAUUAUAAAACAUAUAAAUUUUAUUGUAAUGCUUAUCAAUUAAUAAGUGUCAAAAAGUUAACAAUACUUCUA